AUGACGUGCUGCACAAGUUGUGGCAAUGGGUGUAAUGGAGGACGUGCUAUUGACGCUUGGAGGUACUUUGUAAGCGAUGGUGUUGUCACGGGAGGAGAUUAUGGUAGUAUGUGUGGUUGUCGUCCGUACGAGAUUCCCCCAGACAACAGCUGGAAUUACCAUUCCUACAGAAGUUCAAUUCUUACGAGCACUCCGCCAUGCCAAAGGAGAUGCCAAACUGGUUCAGGAAGAUGUUACGAAAAAGACAAGUAUUACGGAAUAGACGCCUUUCGAGUACGAAAUUCCGAAACGGACAUUCAGAGAGAAAUCAUGAAGAACGGACCGGUUACCGCCUCAUUCCAUGUUUACGAGGACUUCAACUACUACUUCGGAGGAAUCUAUAAGCACUCCGCCGGCAGUUAUAUAGGGAACCAUGCCGUGAAAAUAAUAGGAUGGGGAAAGGAGAACGACACACCCUACUGGAUCAUUGCUAAUUCGUGGGGCAAACUAUGGGGAGAACACGGUUACUUCCGCAUGAUCCGUGGAAUCAACGACUGUAAUAUAGAAAAAUGGAUAUACGCGGGACACGUCGGCGACGGUAGAAAAGCUUGA